ACUGAUUUUCUGGAGCCCACCUUAGAAAUCCGUUGUCGCUCGAGAAUUAUUUUGCUUUAGCAGUCCCCCGCAGUGCGUACCCGUUAAUCGUUAAACUUCGAUAGAAACCCGACGAGCGCGCAACAAUCUUCGCGACAUUUUUUAUUUCUUUCAACGUAGAAGAAUUCCCAGCACCCCUGGUGAGUCGUCCUGCCAGUGGCGAGGUUCUAACGAGAGCGACAUGCCGUGGGAAGGGUCCCCCGCUCGAUCUCACUCCUCCUCCGCCGCCGCCGCCGCUUGCGCUGGGGAAUGCACUCACAGACGCGAAUUUACCGUGAUUGGCGGCGGGUAUCACGGAGAUGAGUGCAAACCAAGCGGCAAGGAGAGUCUCUUGACACCGAAUCGCCAUCAUGGCGAUCACGCCAAGAACACUGCUCCUGGAAGUGCUCCCUCGGCUGCCCAUCAGCAACCCGCGAAUGGCGCCGCAACACGCGGCGCCGCAAUAAAUGUUGAUAACUUGGGAAACGGUAUUGCCGCCUUUCAAGAGAAACUCGCGUCGAUUUCCUCGCCCUUUUUCGGCGGCGCCUCGUCCGCCGCGAAUCCUGGCGGCGGAGGCAGCGGCGGCGGCGCUGGUUCGGCCUCGUCGCCGCCGUCCCUCGCGUCGCACCUAGGCAGCCACGCCAUGGUGCUACUGAUGGCCAUCGUGAGCCUUCUAAUGUCCGCCAUAUGCCUCGCUCUCGUGCUCUCUCUCCCCACCCAACAACCGCCGCAACUUGCGGAGCAACUUCAAGCUGAAAAUGGUAGUAGUAGCCCGGCUUUCCAGCCGCACGACCUGUCCCAGCCGGGGGCCCCUUCUCUGAAUGGAUCUCGCCGCGAGAUCAUCGCCGAGCGUCAUGAUGAUUAUCGCAUUCGUAAUCAUGAUGCCAUGUCAUCAGGGAUGACCACUGGCGGCAGUGAUCAUCGUGGUGGUGAUGACGUGCCCGCGGCUGCGCCGGGAAACGCCGACGCUGCACGCCUCGUUAGUAGCAGUCCCGUUACUAGCGACGCCGCCGCCAUUGUCGGCAUUCCAAGCAGCAGCAGCAGCAGCAGCAGGAGCAGCCGCAGCAGCGGCGAUAGCUUAAGGGGCGGGGGUGGCACUGGCGGUGGUAGCGGCGGCGGCGGUAGCGACGACGCGGAUGGUGAUAGCAGCAGCGCUAAUUCAGGGGGCGACGGCGACCGCAGUAGACCCAAUGCAGGGGACGGCGGCGGUAGUUAUCCCGUGGAGGCUUCGGCUUCGGCUGUAGCGACGGCGACAGCAAUGCUCAUGGCGCCGGCAGCUGCUCCCAAGUUCCUGGAGCCGGCAGCAGCGCCUCUAAGUGGCAUCGCGGUUGUAGCGCGACUCGAGCAGACCGAGGCGGCAGGUGGUGAGGCUGGAGAGGUCGGAGAGGUUGGAGAGGACGGCAAGGGGACGGCGGCUGUAGCGCGGCUCGAACAGGGUGAUCCUGACGCGGCGGGGGAGGUCGGGGUGGGCGGCAAGGGGACGGCGGCUGUAGCGGCAGGAACAGGAGUGAGAGGCGCAGGAGGCAUGAUGAGAGGGGCUACAGCUGGCGGAGCAACGGAAAUAGCAACGGAAACAGAAACAGCAUCAGAAACACAGACAGUGACAGAAACAGAAACAGAAACAGAAACUGAACCAGCCAUGGAAGCACCAACAACAGCAACAGCGGGGUUGCCGCCUGUGGAUGCGUUGAUAGACACGGGCGCACAAACGGUUGCGGCAGAUAGCGCCGAUAGCUGGGACGGUGUGCAAGCCAUCGUGCAUAUCACGACGUCCGUGCUCCCCCUGGCCCUGCAGCGCCUGUGCCAGGCCAGUGCUCUCGCUGCCCUGCACAACGUCACUGUGGGGGCUCUGUGGGACGUGCGCCCACACUCUAGCACCCCUGCAAGCACCAGCAGCAGCAGUGGCGGCAGCGGUGCAGCAAACGACCCUCCUCUGGUGCCGUUUUCUGCGCUCCUGACGCCGCCCAAGGGGGUGGUGGUUCGCACGUCCCUGCCUGCAGGGAUGGUGGUGGCGGCAGGGGGGAGGCGCAUUCGGGUGGAGAGGAGAGGCGGGGCAGAGAACGGGGGGGAGGACUUUGGGAUUGCCUCGGUGAAGGGCCGGUGUUGGGAGAAGGAGAAUGAGCCGUGGAGCCCUCUGCUGCUGCCCAUGGCGGUGUAUGUGCCGCGGCACCUCGGCCGUGCCAUGGCGGCCACCAGCCCCUGUGGAGUGUACGAGGAGACCAUGACGUGCUACCAGUCGCUGCAGCCGGCAGCAGCGGUGCAGGCGAUGGUGGAGGGGGAGGAUGUGGGCCGAGCGAGGAAGACGAUCGGAGUGUUGCUGGAGGACCCCAAGCACACAGGCACCACCCCACCCCCACCAUGCGCCAGCGCCAGCAAGCACCUCCCCACCUGUCUCACCCGCAACCUCACCACUCUCUUCCUCUACAACCCCUCCCUCGACUUCACCCUAGCCGCCGCCUCGCCUCCCCUCCCUGCCCUCUCUGUCUCCUCCGCCUUCCACCCCAACCGUGCGCCCCUGCUGCCGUCCGUGGCUCUGUGGCGCGCCAAGCACUGCAGGGAGGACGACAUGGAGGGGAGUGCGCGGGUGGCAGUAGCGUGCUCCCAAAGACUGUUGGCAGAGCUCUUCCUGCUCUCAGACGCACCUUCGCUCAUCUAUACUCACAAGUCGCCCGCCUUCGCCUUCAUUGUUGCCCGCGGCUCAACCCGGCAAUCGCGAGGGCUGGCACGGGCAUUUGACGUCGUGCAGCCGUCGCUGUGCACAGCCGGGUGCCCAAAGCCACUGUUGGAGAAUAAAUUCGCGAAGCACAUGAUUGUGGACGAGUCCCUCAACGCCCUCUACUGCGCUCUGCCCAAGGUGGGCAACACCAGCUGGAAGCUCUGGUUCCGCCUCAUGAAGCUUCGCGGAAACUUCUCCGCCUUCCACUCGUUUGGCAAGGGCGGGACUGGAGAUGGAGCAGCAGCAGCAGGCGCAGGGGGGGGAACAGGAGCAGAACCAGCAGGGGAAGCAGCCAAAAAAACAGAAACGGCAGCGCCAGCGCCAGCAGCAGCAGCAGCAGCAGAGGGGCCAGCAGCUCUAAACAUCACGACAGAAGACUUCAAGAUGAUUCACCAGCGCGGAUUCAACGGCAUCACGGAGCUUCCCCAGCUUACCGAAGAGGGGGCCAUCCGCUUCAUCACCCGGCGAGACGUCUUCCGGUUCACCUUUGUCCGUAACCCCCUCACCCGCGCCACAUCAGCGUACCUCGACAAGUUUGUACACGCAAGGAAUUUUACAAACGAGGGGGAUCCGAGGCUGUAUUGGGCGGAUGCCAUGUUUGGGAAUACAACGCGGUUGGGUGCGGUGCUGGAGCGGCAUCCGAGCGGGAACUUUUCGUUUGCGGAGUUUCUGGCGCUUGUGGAGGAGGCUCUUAAGGGGGAUGCUGAUGCCGUUGAGAAUCACAUUGAUAAGCAGAUCGGCCUCUGCGGUUUGGAUCGCGUGCACUACGACUUCGUUGGCCGCUUCGAGAGCAUGUCGGCUGACGUGGGAGCGGUGAUGCGUCAGCUCAACACGUCGGAUCUCGGAAUAUUCCAGAAGGGCAAGUCGCUCCAGCUCACAGGCGCGGACCAGAAAUCGGCGCAGCUGUAUGACAAGGCUUUGCUCGAGCGUGCAAAGCGGAUCUACAGAGACGACAUGCGCAUUCCCUUCAACGCCAUUCGCUACGGCAUUCCCGAGGCCCUCAAGCAGUACGCCUCGCAAGCAACCACAGCCGUCAGAUGACGAAUCUGGACGGCGCUCAGCCUCUCUCGUCAGAUGCAUCGCCAAAUAUGUCGUUAGGCAGCCAGGGCAAUACCUUUGACCUCGACGCGAGGCGGGCAUCACAGGCCCGCGCCUAUAUUUGACAAGUCUGCUGCCAAACAUCGGUGUUACACUGCUUGUAACAUAUCAGACCUUAUGAGUUGCUAAUUAUGAUU